GUGGGAUUGGUUUUCAAUGUAUCGCCAUGUUGUAGUGGUAAUGUAACGGUGAAAUCAAAACCUUGGAGAUCUCGUGACAUUAAAGCUGGAAUCAUAUUAUACCAGACUACCAAGGCUCUGUGUAAUGCUGUGCUUAAUGCCCGCGAUCACCACCCGUGUCUGAGGAUCUGGGUCCGACAGCUGUUCCAUCAUGGAACAAGGCUUCAGGUAAUAUGAGUGGUAGCACGAAGCCACGUAGUGUACACUCAUCCGCAUCUGGACGAAUUGUGACGGAAAACCCGGCUCUGCUUCAGUUGUUACGAGAGCGGACUGGGGAUAGUAAUUUUGGUACAACCACUAGACCCGCGGCAGGUGGUACCAGGUGUGUAAUAACAAACUCAAGUCGCUUGGACAAUUCUAGUUACUCACCCCAUAACACUGCUUCUACUAAUCCUGUCUCUACGCAACUUUCUAGUGCUGUCAAAUUGCAGAACGAUGGGACCCAGUACGGGGAUCCACUAUUAGACUCUCAUAGAGUAGCGCAUAGUGACGGAGAGAAAAGUUUAAAGGAAAUUCAUUCAGAUUCUAGCAAAGACAAAUGUAAUAGUAGAAAUUCUAUAGAUAACAAUACGGAUGCAGUGUCGAGUCGGAAUACUACAGCACGUUUUGGAGAUUUGAAUAUUUCUGAGGUAGAAAGUGAAAGUCGUGUUCAGGUAAUACCUGGACUUAAACUACAGAACAGCAAGGAAAAAACGUCCAAUUCCUUGUUAUCACGAGUAGAUAGCUCGUUACUGAACGAGGAUUAUUCACAAGAACUUAUUACUCCUGCACGUGUACGUAGCUCUGUAAUAGUGUCGACAGACACCCUGCAUGACAAACGCUUGCAUGAUGUAGAUGUGCAUACUUCCUCUAAUGUUAACCCUUCCCCUGCUUCUGUCCAAACGCAUAGAGUAGAUCGUGUGAAAGGUGCCGAAACACCGCAUGCUGUGGAGGCAACCUCUGGUGCUGGGUAUAAAGUCAGAUCAGACACAAAAACUAAUCUCUUCAAUUAUAUCUCUCCACACAGUCCAGACCGUGGGGUCACUCCAGGAGGUCAAACCCCUGCAUCAACACACCGGUCCGUGGGUCAAGGUCAAUCGCCAGCUGAUAUUGUCAAAGACAGUUUAGAGGCAUCUCAAAAUUUCCAGGACAGCAUUGACGUUGAACAGUCUCAACAGCUAAAAGACAGUUUAGAUUUGGAUUCUGGGAACAACUCCCCAGUCACAGGUAGGAAAACCUAUCCUGUGGAAUCCCCAACAUCAGAUAAAAUACCCAAUAUCAAAACAGCAUCUGCACAUUCCAGACACAAAGGCAACCCAAAUGCACUGAGUCAGAUUCGUCCUGAUUCGGAACUUUCGCGUGGAAUACCAACACCCAAACCUAGCUCAGGUGUACCAGAUUCUGCCAAAAGUAGGGUUCCUCAGGCCACUGCUAGAACUCAAGCACCCACGACUGGGCGUAGUACCAGCAGUGUAUACGCUGUCGCGAAUCCUGCCAUUCUUGCUGCACAAGGAGAUACGCCACGUGAGGGAACACAAAACGCUAAGUUUACACCACGUGCCGAGCAGGCCGUUCAACAACAUGGAAACACACAGGGAAGUGCUAAACCACAAUCUGUAACCAAACGCGAAAACACCCAAGGUAGUGUUUAUCAGCAAUCUGAAAUAAAACGCGGAAAUACCCAAGGUAGUUUUAAACCGCAUUCUGAAACAAAACGCGGAAAUACCCAAGGUAGUUUUAAACCGCAGUCUGCAACAAAACGUGAGGAUACUCUAGAUAGUGUUGAACUUGCGGAGGGACGCCAGGAUACUUUCCAUAGUGUUAGGACUCCAGUCAAUGGUAGAAAUCCCUCUCAACUCAAGUCUAGGGGACAAGUUGAUUCUGUUAACAAUAAUGCUAAGGUAAAUUCUGCCACAUCUGGACGCAAAAGUGGCCGCAGUGCAGUUUCUUUUCAUACGGAACAAAAAAAUAAAAGUGACAAUAGUGAUAGUGACGAGGAAAUUGUUCGCGCUCAGAGCAAUCACUUGAAGGAACGUGUUCCCACGCCUCACCCUCGGUCACCCUUAAAGCCUGACCAGGUGACUCCACGGCGUGACACCUCUCCGAAGAUUAAAGAGUGGGAAUCGGACAACCAAUCUGACAACGAAACGCCUAAACCAGCUCCAGUAGUACCACAACAUCAAAAGCGCACGCCAUCACCUGUGGUUCAGGAACGAAGGAGCGCCCACGCUGCCAAUACGACGCUGCCAACCGUGAAACGUGUGUAUGUAGAUUCUCCCACCUUCACCCAGGAGGAGGAAGAUCAAUAUCGAUUUGUGGAAAGUCGUCUCGAUGAGGGACGUGAUGAUCUUGAGGUAACUUUUCGAAAAUUGGAUAAAGACGAUAAAAAUAGAAAGGAAGAAAUGGCAACCACAACACAAGCUCCACCUAUUCAGGGAGGUCAUCCAGGCUACACAAGAGAUGCUUACGAUGGUGGUGCAUAUAACAGUCAGUAUAGUCGCCCCCCUCCAGAGCCUCAGUAUAGAAAUGACUACCGUCAUCAUGUGAGAAAUGAGAGUGGAGGUCAGGGGGCUCCCGAUGGGGGUCAAUAUAUCAGAAAAGACAGUGAGGGCCCUGGGGCCCCAAUUUCUGAUCAGUACACACGCAACAAUAACCAGGGUCAGAGGUCACAAGGUGGCGAUCCUCAGUAUAGUCAACAGGCCCAAAAUAAGGGUUAUCCUCAGGAUUUACGAGGAGGGGGAGACAACCAGGGUGACCCAAGGGGACAUCCACCACCCGCGCGCGAAACAAGACAGGACAAAAGGUAUGAGGACAGGAACAAGGUCAUGAACCAGAAAGGUCAAAAUCAAGAUGAUCGAUAUGAGGAGAGAAACGCUGGAUACAACCGCUAUGAGGACAGAAAUAGAGAUCCCCCACGGUAUGAGGACAGAACUGAACAGCCUCCAUAUAAUGAUAGAAAUCAACAGGACAGGUAUGAGGAUCGCAACCAGUACAACAGCUACCCCAAUAAUGGCGGUGAUAGGGGCGACAGAAACGAAGCUCCACAAUAUCGUGAUAAUAGGCAGGCACCUCCUCAUAUUGAGGAACGCAAUAGAUAUGAUGACAGAAAUGUGUAUAAUGGUAGAAAUGAACCUGAGCAAUACGAUGAUCAUAAUGAUAACUACAGACAGCCACGUUCCUUGAUCCAGAAUGGAUACGAAGAGGAGGAGGAUCAACAAUUGAUGAAACAGGAAGCAGAGUAUCAGGCUCAUCUGCAGCGACGACUACAAACACAGGCUCAGCAAGACGAGGAAAUCCUUAUACCCAAACUGCCCUUAGAGGACUCCCUAGAGGAACCCUGGCAGAAUCCCCCACCUCCUCCCCAACAAGCCUAUCAGGAUCAGCCCAAUGGCCCGUAUGGCUAUGAUGAGCGUGAGACAGAACGCAUGGAAAUAGUGAAUCCACCACCCAUGAAAUAUGACUUUGUAGAAAACAACAAAGUGGAUUAUGGUAAAGUCCCAGAAAAAUCCUAUGCUUUUUUAAUGGAAAGGAAAAAGGAAGGUGAGAAUAAAUUGGACUCUGUAUUUAUAACACCAAAAUUGAAAAGUAAAAAAACGCGUAAUGAUACAACAUCUCGCAAAGAUCGACCUGAUUCACCACCUGAUGAAUACAUUCCUAGUGAAAAUGCAUCUAUGGCUGAGGCACUCUGGGCAAAACGCUCAAAUGCUCUUGAAAAAAGGAAAGAUGCGAAGCAAAAUACAAAGUCUAAGACAGCUUCAGGCACAAGUCUCAGGAAAAAUAGGGGUCUGCAAAAGUACCCAAGUGAGAAUGGACUAAUUCGUCAACCUCUGUACAGUCAAGGGCAGAAUCAAGGGAGACAACCUGUUCAUAUGUAUGGCACUCCCACUCGAAACCACUACCUAGAACCCCUGGAAAACAAACAACAGCGGACAAAACCUAGUAAUCGUGUGGACGGGCAAGGCAUGCCACCACAAUCGUUUAAACCAAUAGACCUGAAACCUGUUACCCAGGAGAUUAUGACAGAGGAUGGACAACGAAUCAGUGUGGAUAUUAACCUUAAAGUUCUGAGUCCCCGGGGGGAGGGAGGUGACCCUCGGGGAAUUCCACAAGUAUCUGCUGAGGUGCUGCAUGGAUCCCAGGCCACAGGUGGACCUCGUCCAGUGGGGACACAAUAUUACCCAGGGGCGUAUGACGGUCAGGAUCUCGCCCAGGACCCUUACCAACAGCAGUACUACCAGCCCCCGCCAGGCCCCCCUCCAGGUGCCCCUCAUGGUGUACCUCCCGGACUGCCACCUGGUAUUCCCCGUCCACCCGGCCUUCCCCAAGGACUUCCACCCCCAGAACCGUACAACUUCGACUACAGUCAGGCUCCGGACCAGGAAAGUCGGUUACCACCCCAGACGAAUCAGGACUAUGAGCCUCAGUACCAUCCUCAGGGUUCUCCGCCCUACCAACAACAGCCUGUUCAACAGCAAACACAACAGUCGAGGCAUCCCCCGCCACCGGAACACCCUUCCCCUCAGUCCCAGAAUCCCCAGUACCAACGCCAUCCGUCUUAUGAACAACAACCCCAUCCUGUGUACGAACAGCAACAUCAGGGCUAUGAACAGCAACAUCAGGGCUAUGAACAGCAACAUCAGGGCUAUGAGCAGCAACAUCGGGGCUAUGAACAGCAACAUCAGGGCUAUGAACAGCAACAUUCCUAUGAAGCAGAAUUAAAGAAUCGCUCACCAAAUCCGUACCCCAAGAUCCCACCGAUAUCUGCAGGGACCAAUGAAAGGACUAUUUCUGGUCCUAUUCGUGUGGAGCUUGAUGGGUACUCUCUAAUUCAUCAAAAGAAUCGAAUGAAAGACCCAAAUGAGCAACCAUGGUACCCUGUAUACACACUGAGCGAUUACAAGAAACUCAAAAAGGAGCUAGAGGCGAAUCGACCUGGACCUCUGGGGCCGGACAUGGAGAACGAGACUCUCCAAGAAAAGACUGUAAGAAAACAGAAGCAAAAUGAGUAUGCACGGCUGGUGAUGGAACGAAACAGACAGGAAUUGCUGGAUCGUAAACCAGUUCGUCGCCAUCCUUCCAGUGACCAGCACGAGGAGGCCAACAAACGUCGUACUGCUCUGGAUUAUGCCAAAAAUGUUCCCAAACCAGUGGUGAAGCAGAAACCCUCACAGUACAAUUCAUACGAAGUCUCGUCUCAAUUGUCUCCCUUGAAUAAGAAAGGUAAUCAGUCACCCGUGAAGAUACAGACACCAGUGGAAGUGGUAGACCUCCAGAAACUUCAGCGACGCCAUGAGGAGGAUAAACAAAACGUAGCCAUGAUCAAACAAAAUAUUCCACAGAAAGUGUGACACUCAAAACAAUAGGCAUUUUAUAAUUGAGUAUGACAUUCUAGAUGAAGACAUUUCUAUGAAAUGUAUAAUGCAGACGAUGACAGUGUCUGAUAAGUGGGCAUGCCUCUCCAAGCCACUAAGUUUCGCCCUGCCAAGUUUCUGUCCAAAGCAUUUAUUUCCCACUGUUGAAAUUUGUACACAUAAGCAGUGCAAAUAAAUUUACUGGUGUCUUUGCCUCUGUUGAAUUCAACCUGAUCCAAAGAAAACAGGACUGACAGCACUCUAGGUUUACACAGAAAAUAUAACAGUGCUUAAAUUUGGACAUCUGAAUGUUUGUUAUGUAUUGAAAGGCUCCUCAAAUGUCAAACAUCUGUUGGACAAAGACAAUUUAAAAAUGCUAAGUUAUUGAAUAUUUGAUGUAAGUUACAAACCAAUUACAUUAAAAGUUGAGUGGGUGUAAAGAGUUAAGUGCUGAAAUAUCAUUGAGAUAAUGUUGACCCAAGAGCUUGGAUGAGAUACAGUGUUAUCAUUAGAUAUAAUUAAAAUUUGUACAAGGUGAAAAUCAAUGUCAUGUUUGUUAAUUGUUCUGUGUAUAUAUCAAAUUUGAGAAAUCAUCACAAUUUAUGAAAAAUAAUCAUGGAAAUAUGUCACCUUCUCACUUUACAUUGUACACAGUUCAGAGAAAAUUUAAAACACUGGAAACACAUUGUAAUUAUUUUGAAAGGUAAAACAGGAUUUGUAGACCCAAUAGUGUGUUCGUACAUUCAUAGAGGGAGAUUGUCACAUUGAUCAGAUUUUUACAAGAGAUAAUUUUUUCACAUAUCUAUGAUUAUGGUGUUAGAAAAUGGUCUAACACAGUAAUAAAACUAUUUCGUGUGAAAGCGAAGUGUUUGAAAUUGAUAUUUAAUUUUGACAAUUUUAUUAACAGAUAUACUUUUAGAAAAAAAAAAAUCUGACAAUUUCUGUGGAUAUCAAAAGGAAGAUAUAGCAUGACAAUCAAUGGUUAAUAUUAAUAUAUUUAUUAUAAUAUAAAUAACUAUAUAGUACAAUAUCUACUAACUUGACAGAAAUAUUUUAUUUUUUAUUUAGAAAAAAAAUAUACAGAACUACUAUAAUUGGAUCAAACGUUCAGGGUUCAAUAUUUAGUACAGGAUCCUUGAUAGUAGUUAGUUGUAUCCAACCUAAAGACCGAUCGGUAGGGUCACUUUGAUCUGCGAAUGUAGAAAAAACUUACAUUAUUAUAGUUAUUCACAUUUACGAAUGUUUUUCUAGUAGAUGGGAGACAUGAUAGUCUGUUAAAUAUCCCGUCAUAGAGAAUGAAUGAAUGAGAAGUUUCACAGAGAGAUGAAGAGAUAAUAAUCUGACUGUGUUUGUUUUCUAUUUUUAAGAUAUAUCUAUGUAUUAUUAGUUAGUGCCAAAUCUACAGUAGUGAUUUAUUAUAAAGAUAUAUAUACUUUUUUUGCUUUGUAUAUUACCACAUUUAUCCUGUAAUAAGCCCACCACCUGGUAAUAAGCCCAUGUCUAGUAUAAUAAGCCCACACCUGGUAAUAAGCCAAUGUCUGGUAAUAAGCCCACAUCUGCUAUUUCCUUGUCCUGUGAUAAGCACAUCCCGUUUGGUCGAGGUUUAACAUGUGCUGGAUGCUGAGUUUAUUACAGGAUAAAUACAGUACAAAUCAUUUAGUAAUCAAUAGCUAUGCAAACUGCACUUGAACAUAGAUCAUGUACCAUUUCACAUUUUCAUUUUCUCAAAAAAUAUUUCUAGAGGAAAAUACGUCAUCAUACUCCAGGUAAGACGUUGUACAGUAUUUGAUAGGUUUUACGUCUGCUGUUAUGUUUUACGUCCGCUAUCUAUUCGACCUUUCAGCUGACGAGCACAAUCCCCCAUACAUUAAUGUGUAUAUAUAGUCACUGUCCAGUAUCAUCCAUAAGUUAUUAUCAGGUUGAUAGGCCAGAUUCUUGGUGUGCUAUAUGUACAUGGAAAAGUGUGCAUAAAUAUUAUAUAAAAUGGAAGACAAUGUGUACAUGUGUAUGCAUGGCCACAGGGUAUAAUUCAUAUCCUACAGUCCAUAUACCGGGUAUGUACUGUCUAUCAUGUAAUAUAUAUAUCGACCCAUGAGUGGGGAACUUGUGUCUGAGUCCCUGUGCUUGAAUCUAGUUUGGCAGAUCAACAUUACAAUGCUUCAAAGUUGAUGACUGCAUGAUUAUUCAAGGGAGAUAACUCCUAAUUUAACGACGUGCACAUAACUAUGUGAUUUCCAACUGUCUGUGAUAUUUACUGUAUGCACACUUAGUUUCCCUUCAGAUAAAAAUAAUUCUGAUUAUGAGUUUUUUUUUUUUUUCAUUCCCCACAUAUGCAUAAUUCAUUUAUAUUUAUUUAUUUCCAAAUGUUUUAUUUGGUUUCUAAGUCAUUUGAGUAAGCAUUUUUUAUGUUUUUUUUUUCUUUUAUCAAUAGUAAUAAUUCUUUAUCCUUGUAUUAAGAACACCUGUCUAAACUGAACAUUGACAGGAUCAAAAGUGCUUUGUAUAAUGGACAGACAUUAAUGAUUUUAACCUUCAUAUCAAUUAUUGUAUUUAACUCUCUAUACUACACAAGUCAAAACAUUAUCAUUGAUUUGUCAAUGAAAAUUACACAGAUAAAAAGGGACAUUUUUUUUUUAUAUUAAAUAAUUUUACAAUUGAAUUUGUGUGCUAUGUACAAGGUUCAGAUAGCAUUAGAUGUAUUUAUUUGUACAAAUAUGUAAAUACAUUUCUGGAAUUCCGUCCAAGAUACUAGAUGUGAUUUUGUUAAUUUUACUGUGAGUGCACGAGUACUUGGAGAAUGUAGUGUGUAUAACUGUCGAUACAUGUAUUGUGCUUGCUCUGCCCAGUAGGGGAUCAAAGAUAAGGAACUUAAAUCAUGAAUACACAUUCCAUAUUUAUAUUUAUCCAGAAAUAGGCCCACCCAUGUUUCUACUACUGUUCAGCUAAAUUACAGGUAAAACAUGAUAUAAUUUCAUUGUCCUGUAAUAAGCCCUUUGGGUCAGAGGUCAUGUGUUGACGUUCCUCAGGUUUACAGGUAAAACAAUGAAGAGUACAUUUGUAACAUUAUAACUAGAUAUUCUGUUAGUGAGAGAUAUGUUAGGUGUACCGUAAAAAACAGAUGCUAAUGACUGUGAUAUUUUCGUGAAUUUGUUGGUUUGGACUAAUAUUUUUUUUGUUUACUGUCUUUUAAUUUCAAUUAAUUAUAUGUUGAUUUGCAUACAAUUAUAAAUAUAUAAAUAUUCACCAGGAAAUUUUGAUUUUAUCUAUUUUUUCUUGAAGAAUAUUUUAUAAACUUCUCUGUUUUAAUCAUUCAUCAGUUCCUUGUAAAGUAAGAGAUGUAAAAAGUUAAAGUGACGAUCAGCAAUUUUUUUGUCACAAAUUUUUAUUAAAAAAACAUGGCUCAUUGUAAAUAAACAUUCCAUCAUUAUCAGAAAUGCUAUUUUUAUAAUGCUUAAAACCUGAAGCUCAAAACUUUCUAUAUCAGCUCUCAGUAGUUUAUAGGAAAGGAAAGGGUAGAAUUUCAAAGAUAUUUAAAUAUUUAUUUACAUGUAUAUAUAUAGACUUGUAACAUUUUGUGUACCAAGGGAGACAACUGUCACAAUAUUAUGUAUUACUACAAUUUGUAGGUGUGCUAGGAAACAAAUUCUGUUAUUUAUUCUAUUGAUAGCUUGAGGAAAAAAUUUCAAAGAGGUACAGAUUUUUUUUUUUUCUUUUUCCCACUUUUUUAGCUGGUGGGGGCGAAACAGUAUUACACAGGAGAUUGUUCAUUUUCAUAUACAGUAGUUGUAUACUAAGGUUGUUUGUUCACGACUUUAAUUAAGAUAUUUCUGGCCAUGGCAAAAAUUCAAAAAAGCAUAAGGCUAUAUGAAAAAACCGUAUGACCUUGACCUUCAACAACCUUCAAAGUAUCAAGGAAAAGUCUUCAAGAUUUCUUGUUUCAUCAGAUUGAUGACUAAGUAUUAUUUAAGCAACGAUGAUUUGAUAUUUCAGUUUAAUACAGAUAUCCAAUGCCCUGAAAUUGGUCCAGAGGAGAGAUAUUUAUAUAUGAUUACAUAGUUUAUGUAUAGUGAUACUAUAUAUAUAUUGUGGUGUGACCUUUGAUUUGUAUGUAAUUACAGGAAUGUUACUUCCAUAUUCAAAUAAAUUAAAUUAUACCAUGUCA